UUGUGGUUUCGCCUGAUUUGUUUUACUGUAUCCGGGUGCGUGUGUAGAGAGAACAUGCACUGAUGAUGCAAGCUGCUGGACAACUUACUACUGCUUUCUAACACUGUGUUUACUUCUGGUGCACAUUUAAUGCAGGAGAGAGAACCAUGGAGGCUGUGAAGGGCUUUGAUAUCGAUGCUCCACGCUGGGAUCAGUCCACGUUUAUGGGUCGCCUCAAACACUUCUUCAAUAUCACCGACUGCCGCACCGCUCUUCUGCCCGACUCCAGACUGGAUGAAGCCAAAGUGUUGGUGGAGAGCUGCAGAGCAGGCUCUGUUCCUCCAGGCACGACAGAGGAGCAGCUACACUACGCCAAGAAACUGUAUGAUUCUGCUUUUCACCCCGACACGGGGGACAGGAUGAAUCUGAUAGGGAGAAUGUCGUUUCAGGUGCCCGGAGGUAUGGCCAUCACGGGGUUUAUGCUUCAGUUUUACAGGACAGUUCCCGCUGUGGUGUUCUGGCAGUGGGUUAACCAGUCUUUCAAUGCUCUGGUUAACUACACCAACCGUAACGCUGCGUCUCCAAUUACACCAAAGCAGAUUGGAGUUGCUUAUGUGACAGCAACAAGCACAGCGUUGGCCACUGCAGUUGGCCUUAACCUCUACACUAAGAAAGCUCCUCCACUGGUGGCUCGCUGGGUGCCAUUCGCUGCUGUCGCUGCUGCAAACUGUGUGAACAUCCCAAUGAUGAGACAGCAGGAGAUUUUGCAUGGCAUUGCUGUGACAGAUGAAGAUGGAAAUAAACUGGGCCACUCAAGGAAAGCAGCUGUGAAGGGCAUCACACAGGUGGUGAUCUCUCGCGUUACCAUGGCAGCGCCGGGCAUGAUCAUUCUCCCCAUUAUUAUGCAGAGGCUGGAGAAACACAGAUUCAUGCAGAAAAUCACAUUUCUUCAUGGGCCGCUGCAAGUCAUGAUGGUCGGUGUGUUUUUGAUCUUCAUGGUUCCUGCGGCGUGUUCACUGUUUCCUCAGAGAUGUUCGAUGGCUGUGUCAAAACUGGAGCCGGAGCUUAGAGAAUCCAUCAUCUCUCAGUACGGGGAGCAAAUCAGUCACGUUUACUUCAACAAGGGCCUGUGAGCGCUGGACACACACACACACACACACAUUUUUGUUGAUAAGGUUGUUAAAAAGAAGCGUUUUGGUUUGACAUUUUGCUUUACGACCCAGAGAGAUUUGCUGCAGUAAAGCCUAAUAUAUGAAGAGUUGUUUUACAAUUGGCCCUAAAUGCUGCCGAGAAUCAGUUUGAUUUGAUAGAUAAGUUUUACAGAAAAUUUCUGGAGAUUGCUUGAACCUGAUUUAGUCCUCCUGUCAUGUAUGAUUUACCCUGAAUAAUUGCAAGCAGAUUGUGAAGUUUGAAAGAUAUUUCCCUCUGAUGCCAAACUCCAUCUUCAUUACCACAUACAUCUCUCAGAAAGCUGUCAUUUUUAAGGUCUGAUGCUUUAAUGCCUUCUAAAGCCAUCGGUUUUAACAUGUUCUUAAACUGACAGAAACUUGUCGUGAAAUAUAUAUCAUGUUUAUGUUUGAAAUACCAGUUACAAGCAUAAAAUUGUGAGUCUUUAAAGGGACACAUCAUCCAAAAAUGUAAAUUCUGUCAUCAUCCCUUCAAUUGUUAUAGAUAUUUUUUUAUAGAUAUACAGGAUAUUUCAAAGAAUGUUGGAAACUGGUAGGUGUUGACUUCCUUAUUUUUUUACUGGUUUCCAACAUUCUUCAAAGUAUCUUCUUUUGUGUUCAACACAGAAGUUUGUAACCACUUGAAGGUGUGAAUGGUGAGGAAACCUUCACUUUUGGAUGAAUGCUCCAUUUAAGGUUCAGGUUUAAAGAGUGUUUUGUGGAUGUUGUGUGCCUUGCAUUUACAUUUAAAAAAAGGAAAGCAAAGAUUGAUGCGCUCGUAGUCUGACCUCACUGUGAACUAUCUGAGUUCUGUACUUGUUUUCAUCAUUAUGAGAUGAUGAAAUGAACAGACAGCUGUCGAAAUAAACCCCUGAACUCGUGAGAGUUCAACCAAAGUGGA